AUAGCAGUACGCAUGCGCACAACUUGGCAGCAAUUUAUAAACCAAAAGAGCUGUGUUUGGGGGUUUUAGUGUCGUUUAUAAGCAGAAAACGGUGGUUUUUCUGUCAUUGAACACCAUGUCGACCAUCAAACAAGUCGGAGGCUACACCCUAGGCCCGUUGAUCAUCGAGGGCAAGACCAAGCAAGUCUACGAGCUCCCCGGCGCCCCCGACCUAUGCCUUUUGUUGAACAAGGACCGCAUCACAGCAGGCGAUGGUGUCAAAGCGCACGACCUGGCCGGCAAGGCGGCAAUUUCAAAUAAAACCAACGGGAAAGUUUUCGAAAUUCUGAAUUCCGUUGGUGUGAAGACGUCGUUCGUCAAGUCGGCGGGCGAUGUGGCGUUCGUGUCGAAGCGCUGCGACAUGAUCCCCAUCGAGUGGGUUACGAGGAGAUUGGCGACCGGCUCGUUUUUGCGAAGACACCCGGGAGUUCAGGAAGGUUAUCGCUUUUACCCGCCCAAGCACGAGACAUUCUUCAAAGAUGACGCCAACCACGACCCCCAGUGGUCCGCCGAGCAGAUUAUCUCGGCGAAGUUCAAGGUCAAUGGAUUGGAGAUUGGCCCCACGGAAGUCGACAUCAUGACCAGGACGUCCAUCCUGGUUUUUGAAGUUCUAGAAAAAGUUUGGGCGUCCAGGAAUUGCGCCCUCAUAGAUAUGAAAAUAGAAUUCGGGGUGGAUAAUUCCGGUGAACUCCUAGUGGCUGACGUCAUCGAUUCGGAUAGUUGGCGCUUGUGGCCCUCCGGCGACAAACGCCUCAUGGUAGACAAGCAAGUCUACCGCAACCUCACCACAGUGACCGCCUCCGACCUAGACACAGUCAAGCGCAACUUUGAAUGGGUGGUAAACCAACUGGACCACCUGGACCCGCCGAACGACCACCUAGUGGUCAUCCUCAUGGGUAGCCCCUCCGACAAGGAGCACUGUCUCAACAUCCAAGCUCACUGCGAAAAAUUGGGACUCAAUACAGAACUCCGAGUGACGUCUGCUCACAAAGGCACCGAAGAAACGAUUAAAAUCGUCAGAUAUUAUGAAUCUCUUCCAGUGAAGGUGAUUUUCAUUGCCGUAGCCGGGCGAAGCAACGGCUUGGGGCCCGUGAUAUCCGGAAACUCGCCCCUACCGGUUAUAAACUGCCCCCCUGUCAAAAGCGACAACGUGGAGAGGGAUGUUUGGUCCAGCUUGAACGUGCCCUCAGGGUUGGGUUGCAGUACGGUGCUGUAUCCAGAGGCGGCGGCCUUGAAUGCGGCCAACAUUGUAGGGUUGUCGAAUUAUGUGGUGUGGUGCAAGCUGAGGGUGAAGCAGUUGGAGAAUUAUGUGGGGUUAGCGAAGGCGGAUAAGAAGUUGAGGCACGAUUAAGGGUUUAAUAAAUGAUUUGUUAUAUA